CCCUGCUUCCCCCCAUCCGCAUUUCUUCUCCCCCCCCUUCCCGUCCCUGCUUCCCCCUCUCGGCCGUCCCUGCUUCCUCAGGCUAGUGACAGCCCUCUCUCCAUCCCCCCUGAAGCCCACUGCUCAGCUCCCAUCAGGAUUCGACCCUACCUCCUUUCUCGAGGCGCAUAAAAAGCUAGUGACAGCCCUCUCUCCGUCCCCUCUGAAGCCCACCUUCCAGCUCCUGCUAGUGACAGCCCUCUCUCCGUCCCCUCUGAAGCCCACGGCUCAGCUCCUAUCAGAAUUUGACCAUUCCUCCGACGCCCCCUACCCUAGGACUCCUGCCUCCCGCUCCCUCUCCCCGUUCACGCAUCGCACGCGCAUCGUCCCUCUCUCCUCCUCCACCGCCCCUGCUGCCGCUCCCUCUCCCCGUUCACGCAUCGCACGCGCAUUGUCCCUCUCUCCUCCUCCACCGCCCCUGCUACCGCUCCCUCUGAACCCACCCUUGCGUCUGGGAGUCAGCUGCUGCUGCGCCAUCAUUUCCCCCCUGCUUCCCCUCAUAUCCACCCCUGCUUCGCCUCAUUGUCCCCUCUAUUUCCCCUCGUUCCCCCCUUUGCUUCCCCUCGCUCCCCCCUUUGGUUUCCCUCGUUUCCCCUCCUCCUUCCCCUCAUUUACCCUCCCUGCUUCACUUCAUUUUCCUCCCCAUCUUCCUGUUUGUACCCUCCUGCUUCCCCUCACUUCCCUCCGCUGCUUCCCCUCACUUCCCUCCGCUGCUUCCCCUCACUUCCCUCCGCUGCUUCCCCUCACUUCCCUCCGCUGCUUCCCCUCACUUCCCUCUGCUGCUUCUCCUCAUUUCCCUCCGCUGCUUCCCCUCAUUUCCCUCCGCUGCUUCCCCUCAUUUCCAUCCGCUGCUUCCCCACAUUUCCCUCCGCUGCUUCCCCUCACUUCCCUCCGCUGCUUCCCCUCAUUUCCCUCCGCUGCUUCCCCUCAUUUCCCUCCGCUGCUUUCCCUCACUUCCCUCCGCUGCUUCCCCUCAUUUCCCUCCGCUGCUUCCCCUCAUUUCCCUCCGCUGCUUCCCCUCAUUUCCCUCCGCUGCUUUCCCUCAUUUCCCUCCGCUGCUUCCCCUCAUUUCCCUCCGCUGCUUCCCCUCAUUUACCAGGAUUUCCCCCUCUGUUUCCCCUCGUUUCCCCACCUGUUAAACCCUCGUUUUCCCCUCUCUUCUCCCUCUUUUCAUCUUCCUAUUCCCCCCUUUCCCUCUCCCCCUCUUCCCUAUCUCCCCUCAUCUCUAUCCUCCCUCUUCCUAAGGUAUUUCCUUCUUUCUCUCUCACCCUCUUUCAUUCUCCUUUCUCUUCCCCCCUGCUUCCCUCUUCCCCCUCUUUCCUAUCUCCCCUAUCUCCGAGCUUCUCAUCUCUAUCAGUUUGACGUUUUUCCUUUUUCCCCCUCCCCAUCCCUCGUAAUAUCCCCCCCUACCUGGCUAUUGCAGUGA